UUUGGGAUCCUCUUCUUCCUCCUGCGCUCGCACCCCUCUUACCGCAGAAAUGACUGCUGUACACGCAGGCAACAUAAACUUCAAAUGGGACCCCAAAAGUCUGGAAAUAAGGACUCUGGCAGUGGAAAGACUUUUGGAGCCUCUUGUUACUCAGGUUACAACACUGGUAACCACCAGUAACAAGGGACCCUCCAACAAGAAAAGAGGUCGCUCUAAGAAAGCCCAUGUACUGGCUGCAUCAGUUGAACAAGCAACUGAGAAUUUCUUGGAGAAGGGUGAUAAAAUUGCCAAGGAGAGUCAAUUUCUCAAGGAAGAACUUGUGGCUGCUGUAGAAGAUGUUCGCAAACAAGGUGAUUUGAUGAAGAGUGCCUCUGGAGAAUUUGCAGAUGACCCCUGUUCUUCAGUGAAACGUGGCAACAUGGUGCGAGCUGCCCGCUCUUUGCUCUCAGCUGUUACCCGGUUGCUUAUUUUGGCAGACAUGGCAGAUGUCUACAAAUUACUUGUUCAAUUGAAAGUUGUGGAAGAUGGUAUCUUGAAACUAAGAAAUGCAGGCACAGAGCAAGAUUUAGGCAUACAGUAUAAAGCCUUAAAACCCGAAGUGGAUAAGUUGAACAUCAUGGCAGCCAAAAGGCAACAGGAACUGAAAGAUGUGGGCCAUCGAGAUCAAAUGGCUGCAGCCAGAGGAAUACUACAGAAAAACAUUCCAAUAUUAUAUACAGCUGCCCAGGCCUGCCUUCAACACCCCGAUGUAGCUGCUUAUAAAGCUAACAGGGACUUGAUAUACAAGCAGUUGCAACAAGCUGUUACUGGGAUCUCCAAUGCAGCCCAGGCCACAGCUUCUGAUGAUGCCUCCCAGCAACAGGGCGGAGGAGGAGAACUGGCAUAUGCACUCAAUAACUUUGAUAAACAAAUAAUCGUUGACCCUUUGAGCUUCAGUGAAGAACGUUUCAGACCUUCUCUUGAGGAGCGACUGGAGAGUAUCAUUAGUGGAGCAGCCCUAAUGGCGGAUUCAUCUUGUACUCGUGAUGAUCGACGAGAACGUAUUGUUGCAGAGUGCAAUGCAGUUCGACAGGCCUUACAAGAUCUACUUUCUGAAUACAUGGGAAAUGUAAGUAUGAGGGCUUAAGUUGUCUUUAUGGACUUUUAUUCCUUUAAAAAUGUGCUUUUAUUAAUCCAAUUAAUUAUGGCAGAAUAUUGGGUAAUUUAUGGAGUUAACUUAUUUUGACUAAAUUAUUGAUACUUUUUUUUUCCUUCAGUAUUUGGCUGGUAUUAUUAGCUUAACUACUGAAUACAAAUACUUUCGUUGGAGUCUUAUAUUUUUUUCACCAUAUUUCUCAACACUGAGAAGCUGUAGGCAGAAGACUUUUGAGAAGCUGCCACUUUUAAUAAUAAAAUACCGUUUUAGAUCUAAUUGUGUGAGAAUAUGCAUGCCAUACAAAUUUCUGUCUCUUCAUAAUUGUCAUUUCUAAAUUGCUUUUCAACCAGAUGGACAAAAAUUAGAAUAGGGCAUUGAUUCAAGCAUUUCCCUAAUAGAAAAUUAUCAGACUGAAUUUAGAAUAUUUUUGAACUUAGAAUUCUGCCACCACAGAGCUUAUGAUCCUGAGUCUUUUUGUGCAAGAUAAUAUUUACACUUCUAAAGGUCAUUUUUCUCAGUCAGUCUUUUUUGUAUCUUAACCCUCAUGAUCAAGAAGUUGGGGUAAGAAACAAGUGAUUAGCACUUAUUAAGUGCCAUCUAUUAGUGCUAAGCUGGUUGGUUGGUUGGGUUGUUCUUCAUACUCGAAGAGGACCAAAAUGACAUCACUAGAUUAGAAUUGAGAUACAGUGUCCAACUGUGAUUGAUCAGAUCAAUAUGAGCUUGGAAUGCUCUGCCACGGGUUGGAUACAACCUGUGUUCAAUAGUCCCUAUGAACAUUUGGUUAUCUAAUUUUAUUCAUCUCAUUUCUUUUGGGUUAAUUGAAUUCUGUUUUAGCACAUUCACUGAUAAAGGCACACUGUAUUGGGUGGUCCUGUACCAGUGUCUCCCAUGUCAUGUAAUCAAUUCUAAAGUUUAAACUCAACAGUCUCAUCUGGGAGUCAAUAUGGAAACAACUAUGUACAAAAAGAUAGAAGCUAAAUUGGUGGGGGUGGUCUCAUAAGGAAGGCACAAAGAUGAAGAACUGAUAUAGGCUUCUUGCAGAAGACAGGAUUUUAGCUGAGAUAGUAGAAGCCCGAGAAGCCAGAAGGGAAUUCCAGACAUGCAUCUUUCAGUGAAAAUGUACAGUGAGGAAGGAGUUGGAAGCUAGUGUUAUUGGAUAACAGAAGGGAGUGAAGUGUGAAAAGGGGCCAGGUUAGGAAGGGCUUUAAAAGACAAACUGUUUAUAUUUCAUGGAGGAAAUAGGGAGUCACUAGAGUUUAUUGAAUUGUAGAGAACGAGGAUGAGGUAUGGUGUGGUCAGACUUAGAAGAUCAAUUUGACAGCCAAGCAGAUUAUAAUUGGAAAGAAUUGAGGCAGAGAAGUAAACUAAAAGGUUUUUUAUAGGCCAGAUGUUGGGUCAUGAGAAACUGCAGCAGGGUCAUAGUACCAUCAGGGAAUAAAGAAGGGUUUAUGGGAGAGUUUUUACAAAGGUAGAAAUGACAAGAUUUGACAACUUCAAUGGAUAUGUGCAGAGUUAAAAAAAAAAUAAGGAGAGUAAUGUUUUGCAACUGGAAUGAUGAUGGUGUCCUCAAUAAUAAUAGGAAAAAAGGGACAGCUAAGUGGCGCAGUGGAUAGAGCACC